GCUGUCAAAUUAUUUGUCUGCAAACUGCGUUAUUAGCAUGGAUGAGCCAACCCGAUCCAGCAGCGUUACAGAUAGUUCACGUUAGAUGGCGUGGGUUGGUCUAAACACAUAUAUACAUAGGGACAGGCACAACGACAGGCACGUUACAUGGCGUGAGCUUGUCUUAACACAUAUAUACAUAGGGACAGGCGAGAUGAGCGGCAUUCAGUCGCAAGAAUUCAUAAAAGCCAGUAAUAAAUUUUGAACUUUGUUUACAACGAAUGUUAAAAAUAUUACUAUUUCACUCUCUUCUCGAAUUUUGCGACAUUUUCAAAAUUUAUUACGAUCGUCACGUAAUAAAAUAAUUCUUUAUCACACUCGAUUAAACGUGUAACUCGCAUACCAUUCGCUCACUGUGCCAGUGCGAAACUACGAUAGCGGACGUUGCCUCGUGAAAACGGACAAUAGACAGUGUGCGUAUCAGUGAAGUUCGGUGUGCAAAAAAGACGCAUCCAAGGAAACGACGUGCUAACCUAACGGGGUACGCCGCCCUGCACCGAACGAGAAAGUGAUUCGUAGCGAAUUGACCGUCGGAACGUUCGUAGUAAGUGUGGCGUAAGCUCUAUACGCCUGUAAAGCAUUUUAACGGGACGAAGUGAACAGUGAUUGGAAGCGAGAAUGAACACGAGCGUGAGUGAUCGAGAAACGCCGCAUUCAGCGGCCCAAAACCUGGAACAGCGGCCUGGAUCGGCAGCGCCGCCGAUUGCUGGUACAGGCGUGUUGCCACCAUCGACAAGAGGAGACGAAGCCGGCUCGAGGUCACCAGUGGUCAUCGGACGACAAUACCCUUUGUCAAGUGUACCGCAUGCGAACGGUUCAUCGCAACUGGCUCCCAACGGUAACGACAUUGAGCCUUCAUCAGGAUUGUUAUCACUAGGCGAAGCAUCAUCGUUAGAACGAGGUAAAGUGAGUGACGUGAUUUUGUCUCGACCGGCAGCAACCGAAGAUCCUGUUCCGACGCCACUAUGGCGAAACCCACCACCAUUGUUCGAUUUAGGCUCAUCCCAUGAGGCAACGCCAUCGCGCUCGAAUGAAAUUGGGUUGAGGCAAAUCGAACUUAAAAUGGCGGAACUCGCGAUCGAGCAACAGAAGCUCGAUUUGGAAAAGACGCGCCUUAGUUUGCAAGUUAUGCAAAGCAGGCGUGUAGAUUUCUUAGGAGAAACGGCCGAAAAUCCUGUGGAACGUGACUUCGAGAAACUGCAAAGUUGGACGGCUGCGACGGAGCGUUUAGGCAGAUCGUUUGGGACACCCAACGGGCCCACCCCAGCUGCAUCCACCACACUCCCCCCGUACCAUCACCCAGCGGAACCGAUGCACAGCACAAGCCGUUUCACCGCUACCUCAUCUAGACGAAAUGUGUUCAGCGGCCGGUACGACUUUUCGGACGGUCACACCAUCCCAGCUUUGAAUCAAAGCCAACUCUACGCCCGUCAAGGCAAUUUAAGGGACCUUCCCCCCUUUUCUGGAAGACCGGAGGAGUGGUCAACUUUCGUGUCGAAUUUGGAACGUACAACGAUUAUGUAUGGGUACACUGACGAGGAGAAUAUAGAGCGUUUGUCGAAGGCUCUACAUGGUAAGGCUCGCGAAAUGGUGGGACACAGAUUAACCGCUAACAAUCUUCCGCAGAUUAUGAAUGUGCUUCGGCGACACUUCGGGCGACCAGAAAUCAUUGUACAGAGCCUCAUCCGGAAGAUUCGGCAGCUUCCGGUACCGAGGUUAGAGCGAAUCGAAACCCUCAUCAGUUUUGGCAACACCGUACAGGAGAUGGCGGCAAUGAUCACAUCGUCAGGGUUGUUUGAAUACUCAUACAACGUGACUCUACUACAAGAGAUAGUCGAAAAACUUCCCCCAAUUCUACGUCGCGACUGGUCACAUCAACGCUUGCGGUUGGGUGUCCCGACGAUCGAAGAUUUUAGCCGCUGGAUGGAAACCGAAUUAGAAGCAGCUAGCUACAACUCUGUUCCUUCAUUUGAUGACUACAGAACCGAAGUGACGACGUCUGAAAAUCGCAAGCGUAAUCCUACCACCUACACGAGGCUACAUACGAUAGUGAAGGAUAACACAACAGGUGCGAUUCCCGAGAGACGAGCCGACUGUACCGUCUGCCAAGGGACAUGUACUAGUUUGGCGCAUUGUUCCGAUUUUGCGAUGAUGAACUUAGACCAGCGUUGGGACAUUGUGAAGGAAUACAGGCUGUGCCGGAAAUGUUUGCGUAGCCACGAUACCAUUUGUCCUGAACGAAGGUUAUGUGGCAAAAAUGGUUGCGGACUGUCGCACCAUAAUCUUCUACACCGCGAAAGACCGUUGAGAGACACUACGCCACUGACAGCCCAGGCAGAGUCGCUGAAUGCGCACAACUCGGCGAAUGAUGGUGUACUAUUUCAGUACAUCCCUAUCGUCAUUCACGGUAAUGGAAAGACUGUGGAAACCGUUGCAUUUUUUGAUAGCGGAUCGUCAGGAACCUUUGUGGAUGAAGAGCUAGUUGCGGAAUUGGGGUUGAAGGGAAAUCCUCGUCCGUUGUGUAUCCGCUGGACUGGAGAGACGGAGAAGAACGAGAAGGAAUCAGUUCAGCUCGCGUUGAAGAUCAGUGGAAGUGGAAAUGAUGGAAAGACGUUCAUGCUCACGAAGGUACACUCGAUUCGACAUCUCGCACUACCACGUCAAUCCAUAUCUGGAGAACAAUUGAAAAAGAGGCAUGAACAUCUAAAGAACCUCCCUCUUACUUCGUACACCAAUGCAACUCCCCGCUUGAUCAUCGGAAUCGACAAUUGUCAUCUGAUGAAACCACUUCGAUACGUGGAGGGUAAAACGCACGAACCAGCUGCUGUAAAGACCCAGCUAGGAUGGGUAGUUUUUGGCUCGUGCGCUAACUUUUCUGUUCCUCGAAAUCAUUAUAAUUACCACAUCUGCAUGUAUGAAAUGAAUAAUGAACCAGCUCUGGACACAGCGAUCAGAGACCUUUUCUCACCCGAAUCCCUAGGCAUACUGAAGACACCCGCUAAUCUGCUGUCGAAAAAUGAUGAAAAAGCCAUGGUCAUGGUCACCGACGGGACCAAGAUGUGGAAAGAUCCUAUUCUUGCUGGCUCCAUUUGCGAAAAAAUGCAAGAUUACGAGGACAGAGGCUACAUCCGACGACUUCAGCCAGGCGAAAUCUCCGCACAAGGUAAGAGAGAUUGGUAUUUGCCUAAUUUUCCUGUCUUUAAUCCCAACAAAGACCUGGAGGCGACGCAGAAGCACCAUCAGAACAUUAUCGAGGAUCACGUGCAGGAGAUAGAGUACUUAACGAAACAGAAUGCGACCCUGCGCGAGGUGAACGACUCGCGGAUGAAGAUCUACGAGCAGCGGGAGGUGAGCAUUCAAGACCUGGCGCGGGAGAAGUACAAGCUGGUGCUUGAGUACCAGGCGGAGAAGAAGCACGUCAAACAGCUGUGUAGCAAUAUAGAGAGCUUAGAAACCGAAGUAGAGGAGCCGACCCGAUCGCUCGAGGAUGCGCGGCAGCAGGUGGAGGCGGACCGGCGAACGAAGAAAACGGAACGGCUGCUAGGUCAGCAGCAGCAACAAUUGCCCGGGCAGCCUGUGAUUGUAAUCAACAGCUCGACCAGCCAUGCAUCGAAAGACGCCAUACCGAACGUUCCUUCGCAGGAGGGCGUUAGCACCAGUCGACAGACAACCGAACCCUGUCAAUCGGCCAAAGCGAUGCCCGCUGGAGCGGCAAAGCAAAGUGAUCCAGCAGCACCAUCGGCCGGUGCUGGUGAGCCACGCACCGAGGAGGAUGGAAUCGAGCAGUGCGAGCGGGACGGUGGGCCCACGGCCGACGACCACACGCUCAGCGAGGACAGCGAGGAGAUGCUGCGCAUCAUGCAGGAGCUCAAGCGUACGCAAAAGGAACAAUAGACCCCGAACUAUCGAUAGGUGAAUCUCGCGAUGAUCCCCCGACACUGAAAAUGACAUGGAAGACCUCCCAGCUACUCGCCCAAAUGCUUUGGAAGAAAUGGAUAUCGG